GUUCAAACAAGGACAAAAUCGUAAAACAGCAACUUGCUUGCUAUAUGGAGGGGAUAGAUAAUCAACUUACCCUAUGGAAGAUCGAAAUCGAAAAAAUCAUUUUCAACAAACACAGUGGAAAGAAGGGAAAAGCCUUUUCUUAUUGAGAAGCCAAAUUUAGAAAAUUGUUUCGAACUUUGGUUCUCAAAACUUAAAAGUGAAGAAAAAAUUACACUUUCGUAUUUUCUACUGAAGUUGAAUGAAUUCAGGAAAUAUUUACUCUUGAAGAUGCAUGUGUUCCGAGUAAAAAUCAAAACAAACCAUGGUUUCGAUUAUAAAGAAUUGUAGUUCUCUUAGAGUUAGCUCUGUUUUGAAUAAAAAUGCUAAAGAAUUUGGAAAGCAAUACAUGAUUGAUGACUGUGAUGAUACAUGUUGGAACUCUGAUCAAGGAAGUCCACAAUGGGUGGAAGUUAAUUUUCCACAAUCUGUCACAGUAGAAGAAGUUCAAAUUCAGUUUCAAGGAGGUUUUGCUGGCAAAGAAUGUUGGAUUGAAGCAAAAAGCGAUGGACAAUUGAAGAGAGUAUCUUCUAUUUACCCUGAAGACAAUAAUACUUUACAAGUAUUUGCCAUACAACCUACUAUAUCCAAUUGCUUUAAAAUUAUAUUUAACAACAGCACAGACUUCUUUGGUAGGAUUAUAAUUUACAAUUUGGAUGUAAAAGGAAAAUCUUGAUUAAAAAUUUUUUCAAAUGUU